CCCAAGAGAGGACAGGACACAGAACCCAGCCUUGCACACACAAGGAAGAUGCUGAGCUUCUUCCGCCGAACGCUGGGGCGCCGGUCGAUGCGCAAGCAGGCCGAGCGAGAACGGCUCCGAGAAGCCCAGCGCGCCAGAACGCACAUCCCGGCGGCCGGCGAAGCCAAGGCCAUCAUAACCUGCCGCGUGUCUCUGCUGGACGGGACCGAUGUCAGCGUGGACCUACCGAAAAAAGCCAAAGGACAGGAACUCUUUGAUCAGAUUAUGUACCAUCUGGAUCUCAUCGAAAACGAUUACUUUGGACUGAGGUUCAUGGAUUCAGCACAAGUGGCGCAUUGGCUGGACAGUACAAAGAGUAUCAAAAAACAAGUAAAAAUUGGUUCACCCUAUUGCCUGCAUCUCCGAGUCAAGUUUUACUCUUCAGAGCCAAACAAUCUCCGGGAGGAGCUGACAAGAUAUUUAUUUGUUCUUCAAUUAAAACAAGACAUUCUCAGUGGAAAGUUGGAAUGCCCCUUUGAUACAGCGGUUCAGUUGGCAGCUUAUACCUUGCAAGCGGAACUCGGAGACUAUGACCCGGCUGAGCACACCCCUGACCUUGUUUCCGAGUUCAGGUUUGUGCCUACUCAGACCGAAGAGAUGGAACUAGCUGUCUUUGAGAAAUGGAAGGAGUACAGGAGUCAAACACCAGCCCAGGCUGAAACCAACUACCUGAACAAAGCCAAGUGGCUGGAAAUGUACGGGGUUGAUAUGCAUGUGGUUAAGGCCCGAGAUGGGAAUGAUUAUAGCCUUGGACUGACCCCAACUGGCGUUCUUGUGUUUGAAGGAGAAACCAAAAUUGGCUUAUUUUUCUGGCCUAAAAUAACCCGAUUGGACUUCAAGAAGAACAAGCUAACUCUGGUCGUUGUAGAAGAUGACGAACAGGGUAAAGAGCAGGAGCAUACGUUUGUCUUUAGGCUGGAGCAUCCGAAAGCAUGCAAACACUUGUGGAAAUGUGCCGUGGAGCAUCACGCCUUCUUCCGCCUCCGGGGGCCAGUCCAGAAGAGUUCCAGUCGGUCCGGGUUUAUCCGAUUGGGAUCGCGGUUCAGAUACAGUGGGAAAACUGAGUAUCAAACCACAAAAACCAACAAAGCAAGACGGUCAGCCUCCUUUGAAAGAAGACCCAGCAAACGGUAUUCCCGACGGACACUACAGAUGAGAGCAAAUGCAGCUAAACUGGAAGAAGCCAGCCUUCAGAAUAAUGUUCCAAACCAGAAUAAUGGAUCACAGGCUUGGGGUCUGAGGCCGGCUUUGCCUGUGGUCGCAGCCGUUCCUGCUGCCCCUGUGUUGGUGGAGAUAGAAAACCUGCCACGGAGUCCAGGAGCCGGCCAAGACAGGAAAUGCAUGCAUCAGAUUGGUGACUUCCUAGACAGCAAAGAACUCGUGGAGAUUCCCAGCGAGAAUGUUCCUGGAGCACCUGGAAUGGCCGUGGGUGUCGAGGAGGCCAGCGUGGGCAAGACGUCCCCUGAACCUAAGGAACCCGAAGCUGAGAAAAUGGAGCUCAAUGGGUUCGAGGACUCGUCGGUGAAACUGAAACUCCUCGAGACCGAAAACAGGUUCUUGCCAGCCCCACGUCCCGAUGUCAACGUGAACGUCAACAAACAGGAAGAAGUGGUGAAGUUGACUGAGAAGUAUCUUAAUAAUGCCAUCGAAAGCCCAGGAUCGACUCCAGUGAGGGUCCCCGCCGACAUCAAGAGCAACAUCCUGAAGGCUCAGGUAGAAGCAGGGCACAAGGUGACAAGAGAUGACAGCUCCUCAAGCCCCAAAAACUCCAAUGUUCAGGAUGCAUCUACCAGGGGCUUCUUUCCCGGGACCAACCUGCCGCUAACUGCUAGAAGCCCUGCUACCUCCCUGGAGCCCAGAGAGGCCCUGAAAGAGGACCCUGUUUCCAGUCCCUCCUUCCUCCAGCACAACCAGGAAGGGCUCCUUUCUUUCAGCGAGGCAUCCGACGAGGAAAAUAAAGCCCCCGGCCCGGAAGAUCCACCGAUCCCGCCAACUCCAGCGCCCGCCAAGGCUGAUGCCAUUUUCAAGAGCGCCACAGAUGAAUUGGAUGUUCUGCUCUCAUCUCUAACCGAGAACCUGAUGGAUUUCACGGAAGCCAGGCCUCGGGAGCCUUCAUUCUCUUCCCUGACUCCCCGGUGGAUCGUGCCGAGUGGGGGGAUCGCCAAUGGGCUCCCCGGGCCCGAGGAGAGUUUGGGAAGGAGAGGAAACUGCAGUGAUGUCGACAUGCUCUCCGUGGUCUCGCCACCAGCUCCGUUCUCUGUGGACGCCGUAACAAGCUUGGCCCCCUCCAGGGCCGAAGAAGCCAUCGUGAGGCCGAAAUGCCUGCUGACGACGGAGCUCUGAGGGAGGCCCGCUGCUCCUCGUUCCUGCUCUUCGUUUCUGGACGGCCACGCGCCGUCUGGAGACCCGUCCUGGAACCGAGCCCCGGCCCGCUCGUCCUAAGACCCUCACCCUGAACUCCUCAUCCCGGGCCGCUCAUCUAGCGUUCCCCCGCGCUCUGCCUUCCCUUGCCCGUCAGCGGUUGAAAGGCUCGACGAGGCUAAGCGGCGUACCCCGGCCGGGUCACAUCUCAACUGGAAAGGGAGCCCCAGCCACUCACCCACCCAGCCACCUCCCCAGGAGCCCUCGGUCUCCUCCCUGUCUGCUGCUAUGGGGGCUCCUGGGGGGCACCUCAGUCCGAGAGAGACCCCAGCCCGUUCAGAGGGCUGAGGAAAGAUUAGAAAGAGCAGGGGCCCCAUCUUGUGGUGCCGCUGAAUUGAAUCUCCGGCAACAGUAGUUUUUUAAUGCUGAAAACCCCGUGGAGGGAAGGGAUUCGGCCCCUGCCCCUGCCCACCUUGGCCUCUGGGCCUGGAGUGGACAGUCCCCUAAUCCCCUUCCCAGGAUACAGCCAGAAAACCCAACAUAACUAGAAAUCGGAACUUCGGGAGUGGAUGUGAGCUUCACCUGGGGAAACGGGAGCAAAUUUGAGAUUCCACUGCAUUUUAUCAUAGAGAAAUCUUAGGACCGGGCCGGCUUCCUUCCCACUUUAAAUGAAGCGGGCCGACCUCAGCCUCCCCUUACAGUUUAGGAAGUGCCUUGCAAAUACGUACCCCCCGUGAAAAUAACGAGCCCAUGACUUCAUGGUUCCCAUCACUCUCUCUAGGGGACAAGCUAGGAAUAGAAGAGUAAAUCUGUUGCUACUCCGGCCAACAUAAGUAGUUGCAGGGAUAAGGGGCUAUUUGGUAAAUGAUUCCGGUCCUUUUUCGGCCUAACGUGUAUCCGUCGGACUUGCAGUUGUUGUGUUUUUCUGAACCCAAAGCAACUGUGGGUGGCACCACGGCAAUGCAAUACCCAGUUCAACAAUGGUAUUUAUUGUGUGCUUACUAUGUGCUGAGCACUGUACUAAGUGGAUCGAACAGUGCGAUAGAGCUGAUAGACACAAUCCUCGCUUUCAAGGAACUUAGAAUCAAGUUGGACAGACUUAAAAAAAUUACAGCAGGGGAAGGAACCGAGUGUAAGGAUAUGUGCUUAAGUUCUGUGGGGGUGGGGUGAGUACCUUUGAGGGGGGCUCAGUCUGGUGCGCCCCAGACUGAAACUCCCCUAACCGGAUGAAGGUGAAUAACUGGGUGAAGACAAUCACAGAGGGCAGGAGACGGGAAGGUGGAGGUGUCUGAGGAUAAAUAUAAGGGGUGGAAGUGUCUUGGCAGCUAGAAAAGUGUGGAUGUGGUUGGAAAGAGAGUUGAGAAGCAGUGUGAACUAGUGGAAGGUGCAGAGGCCUCGGAGU